AUGCCCUGCAAUAGCGACUACGAGGAUGGCGAAGGUGAUAUCGAAAUGGACGGCUUCGGCGGCACUGGCUUUAGCGGCGGCACGUCUGAAUCGCAGCGAAGCUUGGGCACAGCCGUACUUCUGGCAUAUCCCAAUACGGCUGCGCUUGAAAACGUUGAUGACGAAACUAGAGAUAUGUUCGACGAUGACGAUGAUUCGAAGAGCUCGGAGAGCAGUGUGCCGGACGAUGUUUACAGCAGCCAUUCUCGCGAUCACGAUGAAAGCAACGAGGAGAUUUGUGAUGACGAUGGGUCGAUGAUGCCCGAGAAAGAGUUGGAAGAGUCUGAUAGUGUUUCGUCCGAGAGUGCCGAGCCGACUUUCGUGUCAUUCAGCGAGCUUCAAGAACAGAAGCACUCGAUUUACUUCCUGGGCAAAAUAUUGCGACUCUCUCGGUUGAGGUGUUCUGGAGUUAAGGGAAACUCAAGGCGCGCGUCGAAGCGGAACUAG